CACAUCCCCAUCCCCAUCCCCAAAAGGCCACCUUCUCUCAUUGUCUCUCUCUCUAUCUCUCUCCACCGACUGUGUUUUUGUCUCUAAUUGUAAAGGAUCUGAUCUAGGGUUGGGGCUGGACCAGCCAUGGCUGUUGCGAGUGCGUUUGCAGGGGCCAAGCUCGAGACUCUCCUCCUCAGCAACACUGCCGCCGUCGCAGCUUCGUCGCCGGCGGUGGCAGCGUCUCAAAUUCGAGUCCUCUGCAAACCACUUGGAGCCACACGACCCCUCAUUCAUAGAGCUCGACCUACCAUUCGCUGCCAGGCUGCUUCCGAUGUCUUUCUUCCGACACCCGAUAUGAUCGAUCCAAACACGGCCUUAGCUUCUCCUUCUGCUAGCCUCUCUGCUCUCGAACAGCUCAAGAUAUCUGCAGCUGACAGGUAUACAAAGGAAAGGAGCAGCAUUGUAGUAAUUGGGCUCAGUGUCCACACUGCACCUGUUGAAAUGCGUGAAAAGCUUGCCAUUCCUGAAGCAGAAUGGCCUCGAGCCAUAGAAGAGCUGUGUGGUUUGAAUCAUAUAGAAGAAGCUGCUGUCCUUAGUACCUGCAACAGGAUGGAGAUAUAUGCUGUAGCAUUGUCUCAACAUCGUGGCGUAAAAGAAGUGACUGAAUGGAUGUCAAAGACAAGUGGGAUUCCUAUUCCAGACAUUUGUGAGCACCGAUUUUUGCUUUAUAAUAAAGAUGCUACACAGCAUAUCUUUGAAGUAUCAGCAGGGCUAGACUCCCUAGUCUUGGGAGAAGGUCAAAUCCUAGCUCAGGUCAAGCAAGUUGUCAAAGUUGGGCAAGGAGUCACUGGCUUUGGCAGGAACAUCAGCGGACUGUUCAAGCAUGCAAUCACCGUCGGAAAACGGGUUAGAUCCGAGACAAACAUUGCAGCUGGGGCAGUUUCUGUUAGUUCAGCUUCUGUUGAGUUGGCCUUAAUGAAGCUUCCGGAAUCCAGUCAUAAGACUGCUAGGAUGCUCGUCAUUGGAGCAGGCAAGAUGGGGAAGCUUGUGAUCAAGCACUUGGUAGCAAAAGGAUGCACCCAGAUGGUGGUAGUGAAUCGAACGGAGGAGAGAGUGGCUGCCAUCCGUGAGGAGUUAAAGGAUGUUAAGAUAAUCUACAAACCCCUUUCAGAAAUGCUAGCCUGUGCUGCUGAAGCAGAUGUAAUUUUCACCAGCACUGCAUCAGAAGCCCCAUUAUUUUUGAAAGAGCAUGUAAUGGAUCUUCCACCUGUUGGUCAGGAAGUUGGGGGUUUGAGGCUUUUCAUUGACAUCUCUGUUCCUAGAAAUGUGGGUUCAUGUGUCACAGAUCUCGAGACUGCACGGGUUUAUAAUGUGGAUGAUCUUAAGGAGGUUGUGGCUGCUAAUAAAGAGGAUAGGCUUCGGAAAGCAAUGGAAGCCCAGGCAAUUAUUGUUGAGGAGUCAAAACAAUUUGAAGCUUGGAGGGAUUCGCUGGAGACUGUUCCCACUAUAAAGAAAUUGAGAGCUUAUGCUGAAAGAAUCAGAGUUGCGGAGCUAGAAAAAUGCUUGUCAAAAAUGGGUGAUGAUAUCUCAAAGAAAACAAAGAGGGCUGUCGAUGAUCUUAGUAGGGGUAUAGUUAACAAGAUCCUCCAUGGUCCAAUGCAGCAUCUGAGAUGUGAUGGGAGUGAAACUCGGACUCUUAGUGAGACCCUUGAGAAUAUGCACGCGUUGAACAGAAUGUUCAGUCUUGAGACUGAGAUGUCUGUGUUGGAACAAAAGAUUCGAGCCAAGGUGGAGCAAAACCAGAAAUAAACUUGUAUGUCAAAUUUCUUUCACUACAGUUCUUUCACUCGAAUCUUGAAUUAGUAGAAAGCUUUCAUUUAUUAACUGUUGACACAUCCUCUAAUUUGGGGUUCGUUCAAGUGUCUACAGAGUGUCUUCAAGUGGCCACUCGACUUUCGUAAGAUACAGUUGAGGCUUAAACAGCGUACCAAAUGAUUUGUACCAUGUCUGUUUCAGAAAAACUUUGAAUUCUUGUAAUUAAUUUACUGAUGAAUCCAAUAUUGAGGUUGGCUUCUUCAACAUGACCAUUUUGAUGAGAUUCUGCUUUCCUAUCUGCAUUUGGAACAAUGCCGUGCAAAUUUCACUAUUAAAGCAAUUAUUGCAGAUAAUUGUGGGUUUUGGAGCUCAAGAAAUCUGUAUUUGCACAACAUAA